GUUCUCUUCUGUGAAUUUGUCACUUCCAAAAUGGAAAGGCAAUUUUUUGUUGUGUGGCUGGCUUUUUCUUCACUGGCAGUAUUCACCGAACCUGCAGUACCUGAGAAUGCCAUUGAAAUCUACAGCCUGCAUGUGGACUGCAAAGUUACAUCACGAUUUGCCCACACAGUCAUCACCAGCAGAGUUGUCAACAGAGCAAAUGAAUCCAAGGAGGCUCUUUUUGAAGUGGAAUUACCCAAGACUGCCUUCAUCACAAACUUCAGCAUGAUCAUAGAUGGAAAAAUAUAUCCUGGAAUAAUUAAGGAGAAGAAAUCUGCACAAGAUCAGUAUGAUGCUGCUGUUUCGCAAGGGAAAACUGCUGGAUUGGUCAAAUCAAUUGGAAGAAAACUAGAACAAUUUCAUGUUUCAGUCAAUAUUGCAGUGGCUUCUAAGGUUACCUUCGAGCUGAUAUAUGAGGAGUUACUCAAGCGAAAGCUGGGCAAGUAUGAAUUGCUGAUCAAGGUCAAGCCCAAACAACUUGUUAAUAACUUUCAGAUUGAUACCCACAUCUUUGAACCACAAGGUAUAAGUUUCUUGGAAACUGACAGCACCUUCAUGACCAAUGAACUGAACAAUGCUCUAACAAAGGUGCAGAAUGAGACCAAGGCCCACAUUUCAUUUAAACCAACCAGAACUCAACAAAGAAAAAACCCUGAACUGGAAGACACUCUGCUAGAUGGAGAUUUUGUCAUACGUUAUGAUGUUAAAAGGGGUGUCACUGCAGGUGAUAUACAGAUUGUUAAUGGGUAUUUUGUGCAUUAUUUUGCACCCAGUCAAAUGCCAACAUUUCCCAAAAAUGUUGUCUUUGUUAUAGAUAAGAGUGGAUCUAUGAGUGGCAAGAAAAUCCAGCAGACAAGAGAGGCAAUGAAAAAGAUUUUGGAAGAUCUUAAUCCCGAAGACCAUUUUAAUUUAGUCACCUUUAGUGGAAAUGUGAUUGAGUGGCAAUCGUCUUUAUUUCAAGCCACAGAGGAGAACGUGGCGAUGGCUAAACGACAUGUUGAGACCAUUAAUGCUCAAGGAGCAACAGAUAUCAAUGGUGCCCUUCAGACAGCAAUAAACUUACUGGACAAGGAUACCACUGCUGAGGUAUUGCCAGACAAAAGCAUUUCAAUGAUUAUUUUGCUGACAGAUGGUCAACCCACUGAAGGUGUAAUAGAUAUUGCUCAGAUUCAAAAAAAUAUCCAGAGAGAUAAUAACGGGAAGUAUUUCCUCUACUGUCUUGGCUUUGGAUUUGAUGUCAGCUACACAUUUUUGGAGAAGAUGGCUCUAGAAAAUGGGGGAGUUGCACGGCGUAUAUACGAGGACUCAGAUGCAGCUCUACAGCUCCAGGACUUUUAUCAUGAGGUAGCUACACCCAUCCUGAAGGAGAUUGAAAUGAAGUAUCCAGGCAGUGCUGCACUGGAAAUCACUCAGAAUAAUUUCAAGCUGCUCUUUGAUGGCUCUGAAAUUGUUGUAGCUGGAAAACUUGAUAAUGAAGUUGAAGUUUUUCCUGUGGAAAUUAAGGCUCAAGCACGUGCCAGUGAACUUACUCUUAAGGAAGAUGCAAAUGUAAGCGAAAAGGAGCAAGUAUUUCAGCAUCAGAAAUACAUCUUUGGAAAUUUCAUUGAGAGACUAUGGGCCUACUUGACAAUUCAACAACUACUAGAAAAAUCUGCAUUAGCUGAAGGAGAACAGCGGGGAGAACUGGAAGCUCUAGCUUUGAACCUCUCCUUGAAGUUCAGUUUUGUUACACCCCUCACUUCCAUGGUGGUCACCAAACCUGAUGCUCAAGAUGUGGCAAACAAACCUACAGAGGCAGAUAAUGAGAAGAGUGUGAGAGGUGCAGCUCAAGGGUUUGGCAGUGCUGGUGCACAGAGUAUGUCAACAGCGAAAUCAGGAAGACAUAGAUUUAUUUCCACUGCAUCCAGGUUCAAUUCCUUCCGAACUCAAGCUAUGCCACUGCUAGAUCCCCUAGCAAGUGAUCUCAGUGUAGACCUUCCUGCUAUGCCACUGCUAGAUCCCCUAGCAAGUGAUUUUGAAGUAGCAUUUGAUGGCAGGACUACAGGAUAUCCACAUUUCAUCUUGCAAUUACCUGGUGAAAGAUAUCCCAUUUGUUUAAAUAUCAAAGGACAGUCACAAGCACCCAUAACCCUGCUAUCUGAUCCAGACAAAGGGAUCAAAGUGACUGGCAAGAUUGGAGAAAACAGAGAGUUUGUGGAGUUUGAAGUAACCUAUCAGAUGCUCAAUAUGCAAAUCAAUGUGUCAAGGGGAGAAAUUAUACUGAAUGAUCAUGGAAAUGUGCGCUCUUUCCCAUGGACAAAGGAUGCAUUUGUGACACCUAAUGGGUUGAGGUUUACAAUUGAAAAGGAAAAGAGUCUUUCACUAGCAGGACCAGAUAGUAUCACAAUACAAGUUUCCUAUUUGAAAGCUCCUCUUAAUUUCCUUGGAUUGUAUUUCAAGAAUAGUGACCUUUUUUCUGACAAAGUUGCUGGACUUUUGGGUCAGUUUUACUUUAAUACACAUCUUGAAAGUCCCCUUGGCCAACACUCCAGAGGGAAGAAGACAUUGAUUACAAAUGGACAAUCACAUGAUGUCACAAGGCAACGUCGGAAAGAUUACAGGAUUGAAUCAGCAGUCAAUGGCAUUAUUACUUGCUGGUCACUGAAUAUAACCUCUUGAAGAACAAGCAGUGAAAAUAUUAUUGUUUCACACAGCUGUCCACAUUUUAUAUUAAGUGUAACUAUCGCAUUUCAUUUUCACUUUGGCAUUUCAUUGAUACAUAUUAAAAUUUAAAAUGUUUAAUGCAGAACUUUAAAUUUGGAGUUGUGACAUUUUGAAUCAGAUGAAUUUGAGGCUAGUUUUUUGUUUCUGUUUUGUUUUGGCAACACAGACAAGGAACAAAAAUUGAGAUAUAUUGUUCCGAAAACGAUUCAUCUGGAGGGCACCUGGUUGACAAAGGUGUUCUCUCUGUGUGUGUCUGCAAUAUAUAGUACAAUUACGAAAAAGAUUCUGAAAUUCUGAUUGUUUGGCCUCUUGUUUUCACUUUUAUUUCCCAAAAAACUAUAUCCUACGGAGCUGUUCAGUAGAAAGUCCCAUUCCCCAUAUGUGCUAUUAUGUCAUGUAUUAAAUGCAGUGGUGGUGGUAGAGAAGUUCUAGAUGGAUUGUGGAACAAAACCAUCAUCAUGGAAACAUCUGCCAUGUGUAUAUGGUUAACUGUAUUCCCCUCCCCCACCCAGCCCCACAUUUCAAGAAUCAUAGGUUUCCAACUAGGGGGAAAUGAUGGCAAGUCAUCCAGUCCUGCAGAAAUAAAUAUCCUAUUAAGCCUUU